GUGAAAAAGGAAGAGACAUGUUAAAUAUGACUGACUGACUGACUGACUCGAGUUAUGUGUGAAUGAUGCCCACUCUGAUCACCUCAAACACCUGCUGCCGCGCAGCGACUGACGCCCGUUCCGCCCUCUCGCGCCGCGUCCGACCCCCCCAUCCCCCCACCCCUGCGCCCUCCGUCGCCCGCAGAGCCAAUCACCCGCGGCUGCUGGAAGUAGGACAAACCGCUUCCUGGUUGCGGGUUUAAGGAGGAGCGGCAGGAGUUCGUGAGGAGCGGGUCAGAACCGGCGCACAAGCGGAUCGAACCAGUGACGGCACUAACCGGACAAAGAUCAGGCGCUACCGGAGACCGAACCGCGGAGCCGGGGCGCGCGAGGUCGACGCGCGUCACAUUCAGGAAGUAGGAGAGCGCCGGCGGUCAGGUGGGACGCGACGCGGCGGGGAAACUCAGGUGACACCGGCUCAGGACUGACCGCGAGGAACAGACGUGAAAAGUGGACAUCUGAACGUUUAUGGACUGGAGGUGGCGAUGUCUCCAGGAGAGGACGGUCUAAUCGGGAUUCCCUUCCCGGAGCACAGCAACGAGCUCCUGUCCCGUCUCAAUGCUCAGCGGCGGACGGGGCUGCUCUGUGACCUCACGCUGACCUCGCGCGGCACCCGAUACCCGACGCACCGCUCAGUCAUGGCCGCUGUCAGUCUGUACUUCCGCCGUCUGUUCGGGGCAGAGGAGGGCGAGGACGGAGGCGAGGGGGUCGGCGACAGCUGUAGCGUGUGCCAGUUAGACUGCGUGUCUCCCGACGCGCUGGCUGCGCUGCUGGAGUUUGCCUACACCGCUACGCUGACCAUCCGCAGCUCGUGCAUGCGGGAAGUCCUUAAGGGGGCGCAGCUGCUGGGCAUUCAGUGCGUGGCGGACGCCUGCAGGGACAUUUUGGGCGAGUCGGGCGAGGAUCCGACAGACCCCGUGGGAGAGGCAGAACGGCUACCGUCCCGUCGUAAACAGCACCGAUGUUCUGUGGUCAGAGCGUCGUCCCCCGUGCGACCGGCGUGGAGGAAUUCCCAGCACGAUGAGGCGCUCGUGUCCGAGUACAGCCUGCUCCCCACGCAAGGGCGAGAAGGACACCCGCCUGCUGCCGUCGGGCAAGACGGAGCAACGCACAGGGGUGCGCUGAUGAAUGGAGGUUCUCGUUGGCCACAGGAGUCGACCCCGAUCCCGCACCGACCCGAAGACCCGCCCUCGGACGAAGACGAGUCGGGCCUGCGAGGACGGGCCACGCCCCACGCCAACCAAACGCAAGGGGAAGGAGGAAAGGGCGGGGUUAUUGUGGUAGGUGGCAGGAAGAGGAAGUCUCAGACACCACAGCAGUGUCCGGUCUGUCAGAAGAUCAUCCACGGAGCAGGAAAGUUGCCACGUCACAUGAGAACGCACACGGGAGAGAAACCCUUUCAGUGCACGGCCUGUGGCGUCCGUUUCACACGGAACGACAAGCUGAAGAUUCACAUGAGGAAACACACGGGCGAGAGGCCGUAUCCCUGCACCAGCUGCCCGGCUCGCUUCCUGCACUCCUACGACCUGAAGAACCAUCUGUCGUUACACAGCGGGGAUCGGCCUUUCGAGUGCCCGCUCUGCCACAAGGCCUUCGCCCGUGAGGACCAUCUGCAGCGCCACAGAAAGGGCCACAGCUGUCUGGAGCUGCGCACCCGUCGCCCGCGUCGUGGUAACGGCCAGGACCCCGCCGCCUCUCCGACGUCCGAUUCGUUCGAUCUCGAGCGUGCGAGCGCGCUGGCAGCCGCCCGACACCUGUACCAGCAAGACGGCCACAGCGUGCCGAUUCAGUUACUGGGGCCUGGCGGGAUACCCAUCCCUGAGUUGAUGUGGAGGGCGAUCGGUACACCCGCGGGGGAAACGUUGAAAAAAGGUGGGGGGGACUCGUCUCCACACGGUAGCACACCAGUUACGCAUAAAAAAUGGGAAGAGGAUGAAGAUGAGGAAGACAACGUUUUUAGGAUGGAGAAAGAGUGAAAACGCUUGUCUGUGUGUCUGUGUGUUAUCAUCUUCUUCUUCCUUCAUACAAUUCAAACUUUCUUCUUUCAUAAAAAGACCUGAUGGGUUAAACAGGGUUUGAAACGAUAUAAACUUUAUUUUGAGUUCAUGUUUGCAUUUAGAUUUACAGAUUUCUAAGAUUCGCAAGCGUGUGGAGAUUAAUAUCGUUCACACUAUGCAAAGAUGAAAGAGUGUUUGAACAAAUGUGGUAAAAAAGAAGAAUUCAAAGCAGCGUGUGGAUGUGUAAUAAUGAUGAUAUAUCGCCACCUGCAGACAGUGAAGUAGUAACGCUCAGGGCUCUGAAAUUUCCUUUCAUUCUAAAUGAUUUAUGAUUUUUCUUAUACCAAAGACUGAGGCACGUUUGAAAGAAUUUUGUUUUUUGGAGCAUGCCUCAAAUCUCUCACACUUAUAAAGGGCUUCGUUGAAAAUGAGCCUGUGAGGCUUUUAUGUUUUUUUCUCACUUAAAGAGCUUUAAUGAAUAUAAUAGUAGAAAAGUGAUUUUCUUUCAAAAUAAUAAUAAUAAUAAGUGGAGGAUGGAGAACUCUUUUGUAAACAGUUGUAUUUAUUUAUUGGUUGGUUUAUUAUUUAUUGUGGCGUUUGGGUUAUUCUGCAUCUCUUCACAUCUUUCUGUCAGUCUGAAGUCAUUCUUCUUUGUGCUGAGACCUCAGUUAAAUUCUUGGGUCUGAUCUGAGAUCAGCUUUGCCUUUUUUCUCGUAAUGGCCUCAGGUAGAUGCAGUGUGAUGUCUGAUCUCUGAUCAGUGCCGUGCUUACGUCUGCUGCACGUAAAGUUAUUUUGCAUGUGUACAAGCUCAGGUGCUGUAGAAAACCGCAAAGAUUUCUGGGAUUUUUCUGCAGUCUCUUCUGUUUGCAAAGUUUUGCACAUAAAAUGUCUAAAUAAAAACAUCUCUAGUGACCGGUACACAACAGAGAAUAAAAUAAUAAAGACAUCAUGCCUUUCUGAAGCAAAUACAUAUCUGAGAUGUUUAAAAAACAUAAGAUAAUAAAUGAUUCGUAAUGUAUAAAAAUUAGUCAACCUUAACUUUAGUUGCCUUCAGAGCUAGGGAGGGAGGGCAACUCUUAAAUAUAUUAGAGCAUAUAUUUAUAAUCUAUAUAAGAGAGAAUGGGAAACAUGUCAGAAUGCAUUCUGGGUAAUU